GAGAGCAGUCUUCCCUUUGAAGAGUGCUUCUUCUCCACCUCCCCAGAAAUGAAAGAGCAGGGGUAUGUUUGCAAACACCCUGAAAGCUCUUUCCAUCAGACCUGAACGCCGGAAGCCACAAAGGGCAGUCAAGUUUGGAUUUUCAAGGAGAAAGCCAGAGUAAACUUUCUCUCCGCCGGCCAGCCGAUCUGCAAUUGCCUGGGAAGGGCCCUGCUCAAUUCCUGGCUCCCCGAGAGCCACACUGGCUGACCUAGGAGUGAAUUACAGCAAUUGGGCAGCUUUGAAAGAUUAAUCUGCUCGGGGGUGCGAUCGUCCAUUCAGGAUGGGGACCCUUUGUUAACUUUUGAAUUAAGAUCGGAGGGGACACAAGCGUGGAUGAAGCGUGUCCUUUCUGCUCAGAAGUUUUAUAAAGACCCGCAGAGAGCAACGAGCUUCGGAAAUCAUGCGAAGUCUCCCCCAAGUGUGUUCAGGUACGUAGCUUCUGGACCUAGACACUUCUCCAAAGACAAACCGGGAAGUCUGGAUGGACCAGAGUCUGGGCCACGAAAGUUUCAAGUGUCGUUUUCCUGCUGAGACAGUCAUCUCUCAGGUGAUCUGCACGCUUUUCCGCGGAGGGAUGGAGAAACGCAAACCGGCGGGACUGCUGGUUUUGCCGUCUCCGCUGCGGACGCAGCUGGGCGCGCUGCCCCGGAGGGAGCCGGGCAGGACCUCCGCGCGCCAGGACGCCGAGGGUAGCGCGCGGAGACGGCCGUGCCCGUCCUUGCGCUGCGUGAACGAGGGCUACGCGCGCCUCCGCCAGCACCUGCCGCGCGAGCUGGCCGGCCAGCGGCUCAGCAAGGUGGAGACGCUGCGCGCCGCCAUCGGCUACAUCAAGCACCUGCAGGAGCUGCUGGAGCGCCACAGGCCGGACUGCAACAGCGACGGCGAGUCCAAAGCAUCCUCCGGAGCUUCGCCCUGCAGUGAGCCGGAGGAGCGCGGCUAGCAGCUCCCUCGCCCACCAGGUUUUUAUGGAACUGGGUUCUUCUGUGGUCCCAAAUCUUAAGAAAAAGAAUUAAGUGAAGUGGAGACGGGGGUAUGUUAAUGUUUGGAGGGUGUUUUCCUCCUUCACCUUCAUUGGUUCCUAACCUGCAACUUACGUGCUGGAGGAAAUCUGUUUCUUCUGAAGCACAGAAGGACCGUCCGAGAUCUGUGCGGUUAUUUUAAAAACACAAAAAGCUGUAACAAUGAAACCUUAGCCAGAGAAGAAACACACACACACACACACACACA